AUGAAAGUCGCGACUCAGGUGUUGUUCGCCUCGUUGGCUGCGGGCUCUGUGCUUCCGAGAGGGGGUGGGAGCCAUAAUGGGAGUGCGAUUGCGGACGGCGACUUUGUUUAUGUGGAUGGGCUGAGAUUGUAUAAUGGCGAUGGAUUGUACUAUCUUACUGGCAUCAACUACUGGGCGUGCAUGAAUCUUGCGGCAGGUCCUAAGGCAGGCGGCAACUACUCGCGCCUGGUUACAGAGCUCGAUCAAAUGGCUGCAAAGGGCAUAAACCACCUCCGCAUCAUGGCUGCCUCUGAGGGCGCUCCAACGCCCCAGCCCUUCAGGAUGAAUCCAGCACUCAUGGAGUCACCUGGCCAGUACAACGAGGACGUCUUUGAAGGUCUCGAUAUCUGUCUUGCUGAGAUGUCAAAACGCGGCAUGCGCGCCACCAUGACGCUCAACAACGAGUGGCAGUGGAGCGGUGGAUUUGCCCAGUACGUAUCAUGGGCAAACAACAACACCGCGAUCCCGUACCCGUCAAGCUGGAACCAGACUGCACCACCCCAGCGCGAGAGACCUGGCACGGGAUGGGGAAACUACACUGUCGAAGGCGUCAACGCAGCGCCAUACGACGAGUUUACUUCCUUCGCCAACCUGAUCUACAACAACACGCAGGCCGAGCAAUGGUACAAAGACCACAUCAAGACCGUCAUGAGUCGCCGCAACACCAUCACAGGCCGCCUCUACACCGAAGACCCAACAAUAAUGACCUGGCAACUCGCCAACGAACCCCAACCCUCGGACCAACUCGGCUACACAGGCCCCUACAACAUCUUCCUCGAGCCAAACCCCGCCGACCUGCUCUUCCCCUGGGUCGACCGCAUCUCCGCCUACAUCCGGUCGCUAGCCCCCAAGCAGCUCAUCAGCGUCGGGCUGGAAAGCAAGCAAGGCGAAUACUACUUCAAGCGCGUGCACAACUUCUCCACCGUCGACUACGCGACAACCCACUGCUGGGUCCAGAACUGGGGCGUGUAUGACAUGUACAACGCCAGCGACGCGAAUCUAGUCGCUGCCCAGGACUUCGCACGUGACUUCAUGAAGAACAGCAGUCAAUGGGCCAUGGACAUUGGGAAACCAGUUUUCCUGGAGGAAUUCGGCAUGGCGCGCGAUAACUGGGUGAAUGAAGAUAAGGAAUACCCCUACCUGAGUGACGCGAGCACGACGCACAAGGACGCCUAUUUCACAACGAUUAUCGGGGCUGUUAUGGAUGAGUUCAGGAAUGGGGGUGCGUAUAUCGGGACGAGUCCGUGGGCGUAUGGCGGGAUCUGGAGACCGGAGACGCAGAAGGCGAAUGAGUUUGGGAUGGUUUGGGCGGGGGAUCCGCCGCAUGAGAGUCCGGGGUGGUAUGAUCUUUAUGAUGAGGAUUAUGCGAUGGAGAUUGUGCAUGCGCAGCAGAAGAUGAUAAGUAUGUGGAUUGAGAAGCAGGGGAGAAAUGAGACGGGGUAUUAG